AACAACAACAACAUUAUAAUCCCCAAUAUCUCUACUGUAGUCGCCGCCGUCACCACCUCUACCGAGAUAAGCCUACUUCUCCAUCCACCCACACUACCAAUACCACUAGUAACACCACUAUAACAAACACCAUUGCCAGUACCACCAGAGCACCUUCACCACCACCACCACCAUAGUCAUCACUCCGUUGUGCAUUUCCUAUCAAAUCCCAUCACAUCCGGGUAUUUGUUGUGUUUCAGUGUUAUUGUUUUUGUCAAACGAAAAUGUGGAAGAGAACAGGACUAAAGCGUACGGCGCUAUUUUACCGGACUUUUACGAUUUCGAUCCUGAGUCUAGCCGUUCUCUUUUUGGAUUUAGCAGAUGGCUCCCCGUCAUCGGCCUGGUCAGCAUGGUGGCGUUAUGAAGGUAUUUCUGGUCCAGAGUACUGGGGGAAAAUCAACCCUGAUUGGACGUUAUGUGAAAAAGGCAAGCAACAGUCACCAGUUGAUAUUGAUCCUAGAUCAUUAGUAUAUGAUCCGAACUUAAGGCCAUUUAAAAUGGAAAAGAAGCGAAUAGAUGCUAUGCUAAUGAAUACUGGCCGUGAUGUAACAAUGGCUAUCCGCGAAGAUCCGUCCAAUUAUAUCACUAUUCUGACAGGUCCAUUUUCCUAUCGUUUUCGGAUAUACCAGUUGAAAAUACACUUUGGAACGGUCGAUAAUGCUGGCUCGGAGCAUACCAUCGGAGGACAAUCAUUUGCUGCCGAAAUUCAUCUGAUUGCUUACAACACAGAUUUAUAUGAUAACUAUACUUCUGCUCUCGCCUCUCCUCAUGGAAUCGUCGCUAUUGCUAUAUUUGCGAUGCUUAGUGAAAAGACGGGAAAUGAAUUUGAUGUGAUAGGAAAAGAGUUUGAAAAUAUUCGUUUUAAAGGAGAGAAAAGAAACAUUAGCCAAGUUCUACUUGCCGAUAUCAUCCCAAAGACUGACCAUUAUAUGACAUAUGAAGGGUCACUAACACAACCUGGUUGUCAGGAAACAGUCACGUGGAUCAUCCUUAAUAAACCGAUAUACGUCACUAAAAUACAGAUGCGCCAGUUGAGGCAAAUGAACCAAGAAGAAACACCAGGCAGCAUCCUUUUAGGAAACAAUAUUCGUCCAACGAUGCCAUUGAACAGAAGAACUAUAAGGACCAAUAUAAGCCCAGAAGCACAGUCGAAAGAAUGUUCAAUAAAAAAAGAAUUAUUUUAUACUGUUGGGGAGAAAUAUCAAGGACUGUCGACAAAGAAAACCAAGAUAACCACUGAAGAGGAUGCAAAUAAAGAAAGUGUUGACAACAUUUCGGAGACAGACGCUGAUAAAGAGGAAAAUAUGGAGGGGAAAAUAGAAUAAUGGUUUUCGCCGAAAAAACUAAGAAUGUUUUAUCGAGUAUGGGUGGAAUCAAAUGGAUGUAAAUGAUCCUGCUAUUUUAUGUACAAGAUCUAGUCUUCCCUGAGAACACCUGAUGAUCUGACGUUACAAAUAUAAAGAACAAAAAUAUAUUAGACCAAAAGGUGCUAUAUCGAGAUUUGGACUAGUUAAGAAUUUAUAAUUUUACAAAGACAUUGUAAUAUCCUGCUUGCGGCCACCCAUCUCGUCUGCUUUCUUCAAUUCCUUUUUGCCUCCUUUUCGCGCCUUUCAAUCGCCGUAUUCCUAUCCGGUAAAUAAAAGGAAGUGAUAAAAGGGAAAGACAUCUACAACGCUCAAUCGCCAAGUAAAUCGUGCCCUAUAUA